AGCUCCAGCAACUUCUCCGUCGCGCUCUGUUCUUCCAGCUUAAGCUCCGACAGCUCUUUGCACGGGAAGUCAGUCACGUUCGCCGACGGAUGGCGAUGGGUGAACGGCGUCCAGGCACCCUGCACACUCGGCACGUCCGUGUGCCAGUGUUUACGUAAGCGCAUCUCCUCGGCCCGCCCGUUCGACUGUUUCAGCACCUGGAUCCAUUUCGAGAUCUCUUCCCGCGUGUUGUUGCGGCAGUUGAUCCACGUGCGCUCGCCGUUCAGGAACUCAGCCGACAUGACGGCGGUCCGGUGCCGGCGGGGCUUCACGUACACCACGACGCCCGGAUUGGCACGGCUGAAGUCGACCAGCUCUUGCUCGAGGAACUCGCGCAUCCCUUUGCUGGAGCCGCUGGUUUUGCAGUACUUCAGGGUGAUGCGCUGCAGCUGGCAAACGUACCGGCCGAUGCCAUUCUGCAGCGGGGCACGCGGAAAACCUGAUUUAAGAAACAGAUGCGAGUUGGACAUUCUUUUGCAGCGAGAUAAAAGUAGCACACGACCGGCACCGAGCAACCACACUACGGUAGGUAACGAAAACAAACCGUGCCGAUCAGAACUGUCAAAUUUGCUGUCAGCUGAUUUGACAGCUAGGCGCAGGAUUGUUUACGGCAGGCGGAAAACAAUUCAAUUUCCACGCCGCAACACGAUGGAGAGCACGAAAUCUGAACCGCACAGAGUGUUGGAACUUUUCAGUGGUAUUGGCGGAAUGCGAAUGGCGUUGGAGCAGGCAGGGAAAGAGUUUGAAAUUGUCUCCGCCAUCGACGUGAACCCAAUCGCAAACGAAGUUUACAAGCACAAUUUCGGCUCCAAAACGGUCCGCAAUGGAAAUAUACUGAGCCUAACGGCGGAGAAAGUAACCAAACUAAAGGUCGAUACGAUCCUGAUGUCGCCACCCUGUCAGCCCUUCACGAGAAACGGAAAGUUUAACGAUAUCAACGAUCGAAGAAGCGACCCAUUUCUGCACAUUUGCGAUCUGCUGGAUAGGAUGCCGCUGGUAAAGUUCAUACUGAUGGAAAACGUGAAAGGCUUUGAAAACUCACAAGCCUGUGAGAUGUACAAGGCGCGCCUGCGGGAGGCAGGUUUUCACUACCAGCAGUACAUACUAUCGCCGCACCAGUUUGGCGUGCCCAACACUCGCCACCGGUACUACUGUAUCGCAAAACGCAAUGGAGUGGAUUUUAAAUGGAAGAGCGAAGACACUAUUACCACACCGCAAGAUGACUGCGGUGCAAAGCAAACGUUGGUUGGAACGAUUGUGGACACGCAGCAAGACGCAUUGGAUUCGUAUGGGUUGAAAAGUGCUACAUUACUAAAGCAUCUUCCACUGAUGGACGUAUGCACGCCGCAAUCCACCAACUCGAUGUGCUUUACGAAAGCGUACACGCAUUACGCGGAAGGUACGGGUUCGGUGUACUGUCCUCUUUCUAGGCAGGAUUUCGACAAGACCUAUGCCCUUGCGAUGGGUGCCGAGGAGGACGAGGAUCGAAAGCUUGCUUUGCUGCGGGAACUGCGCGUGCGAUAUUUUACUCCGAAAGAAGUGGCGCGAUUGAUGAGUUUUCCAGAGCAUUUUAGCUUCCCAGAGACGGUCACGAACAAGCAACGUUAUCGUGUGCUGGGUAAUAGCAUAAACGUGUUUGUCGUCAGUGUGCUACUACACGAGCUGUAAAUAAAUACGUUGAAUUUGGUGCACAAAACA